AUGACCAGAAGAGCACCAACCCUGGCGUCCAUGCUGGUCAGCCCAGCACUGGUCCUGAAUAAUUCCUCCGCUCUGUCUCUGUGCCGGAAUCAAAAUCAGGUUCUGAGACAACCUUUCUCGUCUACAAAUGCCCACUCCAACCGCGAAGUCUUUCCAAAGACAGGAACGAGAAGGAUCAAAGAGACUCCGCCAGCGUGGCCGCAUCCGAUAUACACCGAAGACCAGCUAAACCGCGUCAUGGUCGCGCACCACGAAACGCGCAACCUGGGCGAUAAGGUCGCGCUCAAUACCAUCCGCGUGCUCCGGUUCUGUCUGGACCGCGCCACGGGGUACAAGCACGACGACGCCGUCGCGCUGCAUCAGAAGGACCCCGCAAAAGCUAAGCAGAAGUACGCCAUGACCGAGGACAAGUAUCUGACGCGGAACAUCUUCCUGGAAAGCAUCGCGGGCGUGCCGGGGAUGGUGGGCGGCAUGUUGCGGCAUCUCCGGAGUCUGCGGCAGUUGAAGCGCGAUGGAGGGUGGAUGGAAACACUACUUGAAGAAUCGUACAACGAGCGCAUGCACCUGCUCACCUUCCUCAAGCUGGGCGAGCCAGGUUGGCUGAUGCACCUGAUGGUGCUGCUAGCGCAGGGAGUGUUCUUCAACGCCUUCUUUCUGGCGUACCUGAUGUCGCCGCGCAUCUGCCACCGGUUCGUCGGGUAUCUGGAGGAAGAAGCCAUCAUCACAUAUACGCGCGAGAUCGCCGACUUGGACGCGGGCCGGCUGCCGGGGUGGGAGAAUCUGGAUGCGCCGCAGAUUGCGGUGCAGUACUGGCAGAUGCCCGAGGGCCACCGGAAGAUGCGCGAUCUGCUGCUGUACGUGCGGGCGGACGAGGCAAAGCACCGCGAGGUGAACCACACGUUUGGAAAUUUGGACUGGAAGCAUGAUCCCAAUCCGUACACGAGUGUGUACAGGGAUCCGGAGAGGCCGCAUCCGAAGCAGGGAAUUGAGAAUCUGCAGCAGAAGGGGUGGGAGAGGGAGGACGUAAUCUAG